CAAAAUUCUGAUUUGGGUAAAGUUCGAUGAAUUUGGAAAAGUGAGACCUGUGAUCUACAAUUCAAAUGGAGAUUUCUAUGUUCGCUAGAUGAUUCCUAGAAAUCCAGUACAAUUCGCUCACGCUGCUAGAUUCAAUUCAUCUUCUCUCGCGUUUGUUCUUUCAGUCAUUCUGUCCAUGGCCGGUUUCUCAUCACUUCAAGAAAUCGCACCUGCACAUCUAAGAGAUAAAUCAACCACAUCUGCAAGGUUGUUUGAUGUCUUCAUCAACCAUCGAGGCCCAGAUGUGAAGCAGACUCUGGCUCUUAAACUUCACAAAUCUCUUACAGAUUUGGGAUUGAAGGCAUUUCUUGACUCCGAAGAGACGCAACUGGGUGAAAUUUUUCCUUGUACAAUUCAUGAUGCCAUAUGCUCUUCUUCAGUUCAUAUUGCUAUAUUCUCAAAAAGUUAUGCCGAUUCUGAGUGGUGUUUGGAUGAGCUUGAUCUCAUGUUACAAACUAAGUGUAAGAUCAUUCCUGUAUUUUAUGAUGUGGCCCCUGUGCAUCUCCGCUACAUUGAAAAAGGAGUGUAUGCAGGUUCAUUUGCUAAACAUGAAGAGAAGGGCAGAUACCUGAGCAAACUUAAGCAGUGGAAAGAAUCCCUUCGCACUGCUUCUUUUUUCUCUGGCUACGAACUAAACGAGCAUAAUCAUGAUGUGGAGAAGCUCUGUAAAAUGGUAGUGUCAGCUGUCCUAAAAGAGGUUAGAAAGACACACCUUCUAGAAGUUUCAAAAAGUCCGGUAGGGCUUAAUGAACUAGUAGAAGAUUUUGAAAGGCGGUGCUUCCUCAACGCGAAGGAGAGUGGCAACAUCCUCGGCAUUUACGGAAUGGGUGGAGUUGGAAAAACAACUCUUGCCAAAGAAGUGUAUAACCUCAAGCAUUCAGAAUAUAAAACAUCUUGUUUUUUGUUUGAUGUGAGAGAAGCAUCUGCCAGAAGAGAUAUGCCCUCCCUUCAAACUAAGCUUCUGAAAGAUCUUGUUGAGGAGAAUCCUCCUAUAUUUUGUAGUCAAGAGGAAGGAAAAAAUUAUCUCAAAAAUCGUUUUGCAAAAAGGAGGUCUUUCCCGGGCUUUUUGGUUGUAGUGGAUGAUAUUGAUCAUCCGGAUCAAUUAGAUGCUCUAUCGGUCAUGGAUAUGCUGAAUACAGAGAGUUUGGCAAUUGUGACAACCCGUGAUGAGAGUGUCCUAGUGCGGGCAGGAAUUACUUGUCGGUAUAAGGUGAAAGAAAUGAAUCCAAUGCAUAGCAAGCAGCUCUUCUGUUGCCAUGCAUUUCGCCGCCCAGUUCCCACCCCAGGAUAUGAGGAUCUUGUGGAGAAUUUCGUUAAAAGGUGUGGGGGUCUACCUCUGUCCCUCCAAGUGAUUGGUCGGCUUGUUUUUGGUAGGAAUGAUAAGCGGUACUGGGAAUUAACACUGGAUAAAGUUAGUAAGACCCUUCCAGGAGACAUUAAGCAAAUACUUCAAAUAAGCUAUGAGACAUUGGAUAGAGAGCAACAGCAAAUUUUUAUGGAUAUCGCAUGUUUCUUUAUUGGUAAGGAGACAAACAUGGCGAUAAAAAUAUGGGAGGGAUCUGGAUGGCAGGCUGAACACUCACUUCAAAUGUUGAAAGAAAAAUGUCUUGUUGAAGAGGAGACCAGCAUUUACAAGUUUAAAUUGAGAAUGCACGACAACCUACGUGAUUUGGGACGAGAAAUGGCAGAUGAAUCGAACUUUCCACAUCGCAUAUGGCGUCUUCAUGAUCUUAGAGCUUUUGAAUUAGACACAUUCAAAAAAGUCCUAGCCGCAACCAGAGGUCGUAGUUUCAGGUGUCUUAAUUCAUUUUUUGACAAUUCUAUUGGUUCUCAAAUUACAUAUUUUUUGGGUAAUAGAGAUGAUCGUGUUGAGACAUCAGCUGCUUUGCUAUGCCUUGAGCUUGAUAUGAAAUGGAAUUCGUACAGGAGAAUUCCUUAUUGGAUUCCUUUGCAAAAUUUGCAGUAUUUGAAAAUUAAGAGAGGAUGCCUCACAAGAUUAUGGCAGAGCAGUUUACAGGCAACGUUUGAGUUGAAAAAUCUGUUUCUUACCGAGACAGCAUCGCUGGGAGACAUUACAACAUCAUUAGAAAUGUUACCUCACUUGGAGCACUUAGCCUUGGAAGGAAGUUUAGUAUACCGGAUGGAGAAAUCAGAAAGGGAAUGGAGAAUGUUAAGCAGUUUGAAACAUCUAGUCUUAAGUGGGAGACAUCCAGAAUGUAAGGGACUGGUAAUUCAAGCGGGGAAGUUAUCAAAAUCUCUCAGAAAACUAACCAAACUGAGAAUUUUAGUUUUGAGGGAUUGCAUAGUAAGUGGAGAAUUGGCUUUGAACAGUAGUGGAUCAGAGUCAACUGAUCUUGUGUCUUCUCAAAACAGCUGCAUGGGUAACCUUGAAACCAUAGAAAUGUCUAAUGUAAAGCAGACUUCCAAGGUUUCGAUUAGUGGAAAGUAUUGUCCCAGACUUGAAUCUUUGCACAUUGAGUCCAUGCAAUCUCUAAAUGAACUGAACAUAACAGAGAUCACAACAUCGCAUUUUCUUGCAUUGAAAGAUUGUAAGAAAGUGAAAAGAGUAUCAGGAGAAUUUGAUCUGACAAAGCUUCUAAUAGCUGAUUGUCCGGAGCUUGUAAACCUGCCCAAUCUAGCAAAAUCACAAUUCCUGAAGUGGAUUUCCGUGGCUAAAUGUCAGAAACUGGAUAAUCUAAAAGGGCUUUGGGCAGCAUCAAAAUACCAACAUUACCAUGUUGACCUUAAUCUUAAAAGUUUCCUUCCCGCAAAGAUUCCGCCGUCAGAAUUGACGAGUAUAAUUGGGAAAGCAGUUCAUGGAGUCCAGUCUGCUUUAAAUGCAGAUCUCUUUGAUUAUUCUUUCACUCAGGCAAUCGAUAAAAUCAGAAUAAAUAGAAGAGGAAGGGCGGAGGUGUCACUGAAAGCGGCGGAUUUAUCCAGUGCAAUCAUUGUAUGUGUUAUUCUUCGAAGCUCUAAGGGAGAAGUUGUGCGGGUCAAGCUGCCUGACGGUGAAUCCAUAUGUUGCUCUCUGGAUGGAGGAGAAUGGGUGUGGACUAUUGUCGUUACAGAUCCUGUAGUGGUAAAGCAUGCGCAUCAUUAUAUUGCGGAAUCGUGUUGGAUUCCAACAAUGGAUUAUCCCCGUCUCGAUAGUGGAAUAAAGAAGGGGUAUGUCUGCACCAUCGACAUACCUGGAGGCGACCAAUACACCAAAGUAUUGUCUACAAUUGUUAGUCAACUAUACCUGGAAGAAGCUAUGGGAGAAGAGGAAGGCGGCUCACUAGACAGCAGCAAGCAAAUUGUUGUUCCGCACUGGAGGAAUCCUAGGCCGCUUAUUAUUGGGCGCCGCGGAAGGAAUACAAUCCUGAAUUCAAUAAUCUGUGGGUCUUAAAGAAAACACAAAAUCACAAUAUGUUUGUGGAAACAUUGAGAUUUAAAAGUAUACCCCAUCAAUUGUUCGAUUAAAUGUUGUGUAAUGUCUCACAUAUUCAAAACAUGGCUAAUAUUGGGAUAAAUUUUAAUUAUGUCCAAAGGCAUCUACAUCAAAAUGUUCGUAAACAAAAAUUCAAUUUUGAAACAA